AUGCCAGCCCCGAGCAAGAGGAUGACCAGUUCUUCACGCUCCCAACUCUUUCUAAUGUGGAAGCCAGACAAGGCUCAGAGUGGGCCCAGCAAUGCAGAAAAGGAAAGCCUUGCUUCAAGACUCCGGCGUGACACUGAAACCUGUCGACAGAAUUUUAGGAAUUUUCCAUACCCAGACCUGGCUGGUCCUCGAAAAGCAUUGAAUCAACUCCGAGAGCGCUGCCUGAAGUGGCUGAGACCUGAGAUUCACUCAAAGGAACAAAUCCUGGACCUGCUGGUGCUGGAGCAAUUCCUGACCAUCCUGCCUGGGGAGGUUAGGACUUGGGUAAAGUCCCAGUACCCAGAGAGCAGCGAGGAAGUAGUGACCCUGGUGGAGGAUUUGACUAAGAUUCUAGAAGAUGAAGCUGCUCCUCCAAACUCUGUCUUUCCCCAAGAGAUCCCAGAGGAAGACCUCAAAGGAAAACAUGCUUUCCAGGCUGGGUGGCUAAAUGACUUGGUGACCAAAGAAUCAGUGACAUUCAGAGAUGUGGCUGUGGAUAUUACCCAGGAGGACUGGGAGCUAAUGCGUCCUGUGCAGAAGGAAUUGUACAAGACUGUAACGUUACAGAACUACUGGAACAUGGUUUCUCUAGGACUUACAGUGUACAGACCAACUGUGAUUCCUAUAUUGGAAGAACCAUGGAUGGUGAUGAAAGAAAUAUUAGAAGGCCCUACUCCAGGAUGGGAAACAGAAGCCCAAGAUUGUAAUCCAGUUAAAAAUGUUACUGGAUUCAGAACAGAUGGAACCCAGACCAUCAAAUUGGAAGAACCUUAUGACUAUGGUGACAGAUUAGAGAGACAAUCACCAGAUACCUUCAUGAAAAUUCCCACUAGUGAAAGAAAUUUCAGUUUGAAGUCAGGUUUUUCACAAGAUGAUGAUUCUACAGAAGAGUAUCUUAGUAAAUAUGAUAUAUAUGGAAAUGAUUUUGAAAAACAUUCAAACCUAAUUAUGCAGUUUGAUACCCAUUCAGAUAAUAAGACAUAUACAUAUGAUGAAAACACAGCAACCUUCAAUCAUAUCUCAUAUGGUAUUUUACACAGGAAAUUUUAUCCUGGAGAAAAGCCUUAUAAAUGUAAUGUGUGUGGGAAAAAGUUUAGGAAAUACCCAUCCUAUGUGAAACACCAAAGUACCCAUACCAAAGAGAAAUCAUAUGAAUGUGAAGAAUGUGGGAAAGCGUUUAGGCACCUCUCAUCCCUUAUUGCACACCAGAGAAUGCAUACCGGAGAAAAACCAUAUGAAUGCCACCAAUGUGGUAAAGCCUUCAGCCAACGAGCACACCUUACUAUACAUCAGAGAAUUCAUACAGGAGAGAAACCAUAUAAGUGUGAUGACUGUGGGAAAGACUUUAGUCAGCGUGCACACCUUACUAUACAUCAAAGGACACAUACUGGAGAGAAACCGUAUAAAUGCUUGGAGUGUGGUAAGACCUUCAGCCACAGUUCAUCACUGAUUAAUCAUCAGAGAGUUCAUACUGGAGAAAAACCUUAUAUAUGCAACGAAUGUGGGAAAACUUUCAGUCAGAGUACACACCUUCUUCAACAUCAAAAAAUACAUACUGGAAAGAAACCAUAUAAAUGCAAUGAGUGUUGGAAAGUAUUUAGUCAAAGUACGUACCUUAUUCGACAUCAAAGAAUUCAUUCUGGAGAGAAGUGUUAUAAAUGUAAUGAAUGUGGAAAAGCCUUUGCUCAUUCCUCAACUCUUAUUCAACAUCAAACUACUCACACUGGAGAGAAAGCCUAUAUAUGUAAAAUAUGUGGAAAAGCCUUCAGCCAGAGUGCAAACCUUACUCAACAUUAUAGAACACAUACUGGAGAGAAACCAUAUAAAUGCACUGUGUGUGGGAAAGCAUUCAGCCAGAGUGUACACCUUACUCAACAUCAGAGGAUUCAUAAUGGAGAAAAACCCUUUAAAUGCAACAUAUGUGGGAAAGCAUAUAGACAGGGUGCAAAUCUUACUCAGCAUCAUAGGAUUCAUACUGGAGAGAAACCCUAUAAAUGUAAUGAAUGUGGGAAAGCUUUUAUUUAUUCCUCAUCACUUAAUCAACAUCAUAGAACUCAUACUGGAGAAAGACCUUAUAAAUGUAAUGAGUGUGAUAAAGAUUUUAGCCAGAGAACAUGCCUUAUUCAACACCAGAGAAUUCACACAGGAGAGAAGCCCUAUGGGUGCCGUAUAUGUGGUAAAGCCUUCACUCAAAGUACAAACCUUAUUCAGCAUCAGCGUGUUCAUACAGGUGCCAAACAUCGUAAAUAA